AAUUGCCAAACCAAUUGGGGAGAUGAUGAUUUGAGUUGGUGAAAGGAAGAUUUGAGUGCAAGCUUCAGAGUAUUUUCUUUCUUAACUUUGAGUGUGCUCUCGAACAUGUCUGCUAUUGCAACUCCAACUCUGAAUUCCCAAGAAGUUGAUCUUCUAUCUCGAUCUGUCAAACGCAUCAAAGGCAAUAGCAACUCCUCUAUUGCUGAGGAGUAUCAAUUAUUUGAAGCUUUUCAAAAACAGCUGUUAUAUAGAGAUAUGGUUUCUUCAUUUGAACCUACUGCUAUCCUUUGUGAUAGUUCAAACAAGGAUGAAGCUUUGGAAGAAGACUCAGAUAUGGAGGAUGAUGGGACUAUCCCUACUAUCCUCAUAUCUAGAGAAGAAAAGAAAAGAAUUCGCACACCUUGGCUUAACUCUCUCAUAAUCAAGGCCUUCAGGACAGAUAAAGCUGGAUAUAAUUAUAUUUUUCCUAGAAUUAAGGCUCAAUGGAAGCCAAGAGGAAAAAUGGACUGUAUUGAUUUGGGUUUGGAUUUCUUUCUUAUUCGUUUCCAUAAGAAGAGGAUCUUAGCUGUGUUCUCCAUGGGGGACUAUGGUUUGUUGGUCCUCAUUUUCUCACAAUUAGAAGAAUUGGGAAGCAUAUUCAAAAAGUGCUUUAUGAAGGGCCUGCUGCUCUGUGUUAUGCGUGUGGGUGUGUUGGGCAUAAAGAAGAUAAGUGCCCUCUCAAAAUCCCCCACCCGAUGGUUGUCUUUGAGGAACAAAUUAUUGAAUCCCAAAACUCACAAGGCCCUAUUGAAGGAAGUAGCAAUGACUUACUGGAUAACCAAGGCUUUGGACCAUGGAUGCUUGUGGAACGACGAAGGAACAAGAAGAAGUAGAGGAACACUCAAUACAACAACUCAGACUACUACUGACAAAUCCACUAAUUCGGAUGAGAUUUCACUUUCUAUUCCUCCGACACGUGGGAAGACUCCUCCUUCUAAAAGAUCUACUGCCCAAACAACAAACUCACAAAAUGUCAAGAAUAAUCCCCCAGCGAGAUCCACCUCCUCCCUUGCAGUUUUGGAUCAUGGAUCCAAUCACAUUCACCAAACUCAACCACAUGUGGGAGAUUUUGCUGAUCAACGAGAACAACAAGUUUAUUUCACUAGAAGAGGCUCUAACGCUGAUUUCAAGCAAAAAUCCACAUCUGAUCAAGGAUUGGACGUUAGAGACUCUUCAAAGUUGUUGGCUCAAGCCCAUUUUGGUGAUGAAAGGAGUGGAUCCCACCCCCUUUCUUCCUCUUUCAAUGGAUGGGAUUCCACUGCCGUUGGAGCACCUGUCUCCAGAAUCAUGUAUCAUUCAGAAGGCAGUAUGGACAUCUCCGGCGGAGAUAAUAAGAUGGGACAGUUGGUCGGAACCAAUAGCUCCGAAGUUGUUCACAACGCAAGUGCAACACCCAUUCCUAUGUCUAUUCAGGAUGAUAGGAUGCAUGAGGACUGUGCACCUUAUAGUCAAGAAGGAGGAAAUAUAGAGCACCCGGUCCCAAUACAAGCAGAUUGUGCUGCCAUACUACUUCCCAGGAGUCAACAUGAUGGUUUUGAACAAGGAAGGUCCGCUACCAAGAUUUCAAACGAAAUGCCAUGGAUAUCAUCAAGCAACACAAUCCGGGUAUAUUUUAUCAUAAUGGAAACAAAAUUGGCGGGGACUAAAGCUAGUGAGGUUGCUGAAGCUUUAGGAUUUUCCAAGAAAGUUAUCGUUGAUGCUAAUGGUCUGGCUGGAGGCAUUUGGUUUCUGUGGGACGAUAGGAAAUUCAGUGUGGAUAUUCUGAGCACGAGCCUGCAAGUCAUUCAUGCCAAUGUCCAGGAAUGCUCAGUUGCUUUACAAAACAUUGUGAAACUUUGGAGUAGAACUACCUUUGACAACCUCCAUAAAAAGAAGAAAGAGCUUAUCGCUCGAUUGGGAGGUAUUCAACGUUACUUAACUGUCAAAGAUAGCUCCUUUCUUAUUGAACUAGAGAAAUCUCUCACUAAAGAGUAUCAAGAUAUUUUGAAGUAUGAAAAGGACAUGUGGUUUGUGAAAUCUCGUGUCCAGUGGAUUCAAAAUGGUGACAAGAACUCUAGAUUUUUCCAUGUCUCUACCCUGAAACGCAGAUCUAAGAACCGUAUUUUAGGUGUAAAGGAUGGUUCUGGCUCUUGGACUUCUGAUCCUUCUUCUAUUGAAAGUAUAGUGUCCUCCACCUUCAAGGGCCUGCUGCAUGACCUUAAUCUCACCUUGAAAGAUAUUUUACUUCCUAAUGGUAGAUGGAAUCUGGAUCAUGUUGCCUAUCCUCUACCUCAAGAUAUCAUUCAAAGAAUUGCUGCUACUCCUAUCCAGAAAUAUAGUUCUGAGAAAGAUUCCUUUAUUUGGAAUUCGUCUUCGAAUGGCAAUUUCUCCAUAAAAUUUGCCUACUAUAUGGCAAAGAACAUUCAACGGUCAAAUGAAGAUGAUUGAAGACAGAUCCCUAUUAUGGAACUUAAGCGCACUACCUUAGACAAAGCUCAGGAAUUCAUUGAGAGCAACCUUAACUGUGCUGAACCUAAACCCAAAAACACCAUUUCUGUUGGUUGGGUUCCACCCCCUUCUGGGUUUGUCAAACUUAAUAGUAAUGGAUCUGCCCUUGGAAAUCCAAGCAUGGCUGGAGUUGGGGGUCUUCUUUGGGAUCACUUAGGCAGGUGGAUUAUUGGUUUUUCACGAAAUAUUGGAUGGACUACUAGCAUAGCUGUUGAGUUAUGGGCCAUCAGAGAUGGCUUGGAAGUUGCUAUUUCCAAAGGGUUCUCUAAAAUUAUUGUUGAAACCGCCUCAAAAACUGCUAUUAUCCUUAUUGAGUCUACUGAUAUUUCUUUUCACUCACUUGGCGUUGUUAUGUCUGAUUGCAGAUCACCUUUGGGACGUUUUGCUGAUGCUCAAAUAUCCCAUAUUUAUAGGGAAGCUAACACGGCUGCUGACUUCAUGGCUAAGCUUGGAACUUCCUUUGCCAUGAAUUUUGUUUUGUAUGAUGGGAGCCUUCCUGGGAUCUCUUCCUUUUUGUAUCAUGACUGUAUUGGGACUGUGUUCCCAAGAAUUGCUGUAGCCGUUUAAUCUUUAAUAUAUUUCAUGUCUCUAU